GUAAAAUCACGACCCACCGCAGGCGCUGUGGAACUCUCGUGAUUAUCCUCGUAAGCAAGAUUAAGCCCGACUGGGAAUAUAAUUAUGGACCAGCUCAACCAUGACAGAAGGGACGCGGAAGAAUCCAAAUCAGACCAACACGGCAGCAGCAGCAGCGCAUUUGAACCGAGUGGACCCGCUCGGAAACCGGACCCCUGCGACUUCCUGCUGGAUGCCAUUGACGCCCAGUUGGGGAAGCUGCAAGUCAAGCAGUGUCAGCAACAAGAGCGUGACCGCAUCGAUUCAGAUAGCACAAGCCGCCCCGUGGCUCCUGUGCCACGUGAGGCGGCUACGAGGGAACCGGACGAAUGGACGAGUAGCAAAGUGGAGCUGGAGUCUCACAAGGAACAGGUCAUGUGGAGACUAGAGAGACUUCUCGGUGACACGUCGAAGCAAGGGACAAUGUCAGGUGACCCUCACCCUCCUUCAGAGAGUAUCUGCACUGAGGACUUUAUGAGGUGCUUUAGAGAGGAGAUGGUUGAGCUGGCAUUGCCAGAGGGGAGCAUGCAAGAGCUCGACAGAGACGAGGAGGCUGAAACGGCAUCGAUGUCUGACGGAGACCAGAGCGACCAAAACAGCCAGAAGGGUGUCAGAUGUGAAGCAAUUCCAAAUAUGACGAGCAGUAAAGAAGCAGCUAGCCUUGGCUUUUUCCAAUACAAGCCAGAGCAAAGACAGGAACUAGAAAGAUGUCCUUCUGAAACAUCUGGAGAUCAGACGUCUCAUGAUGUCGUUUACAGCGCAGAGGUUAAAAAAGAACAUCGAAACCCAAAGCACAUUUCUUCUCCUAAGGCCAGGUGCUUAGCAGUGUCCGUCGACAGUGACCUCGAUUCAGUCUGCACAGAUCAAGUCAGGCGGCACCUCCGCAGGCGCAGACGGCCCGUUGAAAGACCCACGGCUGUCCAAAACAAAAGAACUUGCCGUAAAGCCCAACAUGGUAAAAGAGAUACAUGCAGAGCUAAGUCUUUGGGGGCUGACGACAAGGACACAGACGAAGAUUCAAAUGGACGCUGGAGCGGGCGCUCCAAGCUUGAGAGGGCGUCAGAGACGAUGCACUCAACUUGGGAGAGGAUGAGCGAGCGCCUCUGCUCCCUCAGACGAAGAUGUGGGAAGGAGGAGGAGACCCUACGCAUGACAAAGUCUCAUUUAACGGAGGUUGAACUAUCCCUUUCUGAACUACAGUUGAGAAGAAAGCAUGCAUUUCAGGAUCUAGACCGACUCAGUGCCGAGACUGUGCACCUGGAAACAGAGAAGAGGCAAUUGGAGGUUUUACUGAAGGAGAGAAAGGCAGAGAGAGACUCACUAAGUUGCCAGCUGCAACAACUUAAGAGGCAAAAAGAGUCGCACCUCUGUGAAGUCAGACGUUUGGAAGAAGAACUCAAGAAGAAAGAACAGCUCAAGCAGCUGGCCCGUGUGGAGAAGACGGACACAGCGAUGGCACAGCUGGCGAGGCAAGCGAUGGAGCGACAGUUGGCUUGUGCCAAAGCUGAACUCUUCUCUGAGCAACGACGGGCAAGAGAGAAGCAGGAAUCCAUGCAACAAAUGCUGGAGGAAACUUGUGAGGAACUCCUGAGGGUCUCACUGGCAGCAACUGCACUGAGGAACAGAUGUUCUUGUCUGGAGGAGCCACAGAAGCAGAACAAGGAGGAGACGGAGGUUCUCAUGUGUCAAGCAUGUGAGCUGCAGGGAAAACUUGUGGACACGCUGGAGAAAACGUUGCGCCAGAAGGAGCAACGACUGCAAGAGCUACAGGAGCAACACCGCAGUGCACUUCGAGAAGCCAGAGAACGCGCCCACGCAAUGAUGGGAGCAGCACUGAAGCAGCAGAGGAAAGAUUUAGUCUCGGUUCAUGAUCAGCAAAUACAAAAGCUAAAGAAAGAUGAAGCAAAGGCACUGAAGAAGUCACUGGAGCACCAGAAGGAGGAGUUGAGGAAACGUGAAGAAGAGCUGCACGCGGGAACAUUAGCCAAGGUGCGCAAAGGCGUCGAUGGGGAGAGGAGGAAGUGGGAAGCAGAGAAGAUGGAAGCUGUGCACUUUCACUGCGCUUUGCUGGAAGAGCAGAACAGGAGGAGUCUGGAAACGGCGAGGAGUGACACGCAACGAGAGAAGAGCAACGCACUUACUCUUCAGCAUCAAGUGACGGCGCUGCAAAGUGAGCGUGAGAAGACUGCGCUACAGCUCGAGCAGGCUGUUCAGCGGGCCAAUGGAGAAACGGAGAAGAUUCGUAGGAGGCUUGAAGAGCAGCAGAUCAGCCACAAUGAAGCCCGAGCUGAGCAGGACCAGCAGCUCGGGGUCUGGGCUCAGGAGCUGGUGGCUGAGUGUGAGUUUCUACACCUCUUGAUGCAGCAGAACGGAGGCCAACAAAAUAGUGUGCAGCUCUCGCCCAGCCCUACCAUAGAUGAGGCUCUUAUACACCUGAAAGCGCAAAGAGGCCCCUUGAAACAUCUGAUUGGCCGUCUGCAUCAGGAGUCGGUCUCUCAAAGGCAAGCAAGUGAACAGCUGCACAAAGACAAGGAGCGAGAGUUGAGAAUUCAGCGGCAACAGAUGAGGACGGAGCAAAACCAAGCUUUGGAUUGUCUGAAGGAACGUCUCAUUCAAGAGCACAUUGAGGAGCUCAGUAGUCUGAAAUGGUGUCGUACAAGCGGCGGAGGACUGGAGGCGUCUCUUCGCAAGCAGCUGGAGGCCAAAGACAUGGAGCUGAGGCAAGUCCAGAGAAACAUGACUCAGUGGAAGGAACGGACCGCCGCUCGUCUGGCCUGCGAGUUUGAGGAGGAGUUGACAUCUGAAUUGGAAAGGUGCAGAACAAAGUUAAUAAGAGGCAGAAAGACAUCAACAAAUGAAGAGGCGGCGCUGAGGUCAGAGGGUCAGAGAAAGCUGAGCGCAAAGCAUCGUGACUGCUUGACCUACGUUUACGCCGCCGCCCCGCGGAGCCCCUCGGACGUGGCCUCGUUGAAACUCGUGCAUUACUUGCAGAGCAGAGUCAAGCGACUCCGUGUGGAGAACCAGAAAUGGAUGGCAACAGGACCUACCCUUCCUACACUCAGCUAUCAAGAGAGCGAGAAAGCGUGAUUCUCUCCACCAUCGGGCCAGCGCCGAGUUAAGAGUUACGCCGAGUUAAGAGUUACAGCCAGUGUCAAUUGGGUAGCAGAGAUGAGGGGACUCGAGUCAAAGGACUUGACUCGACUCGAGUUGCCAGUUUUAUGACUUGCGACUUGCUUGCCAGUCACUUCAGAAAGACUUGACUUGACUUUAGACUUGGUAGCCGAGAGACUUGACUUGACUUUGACUUGAACGACAUGACUUGACGAGUCAUCUCGUUUUGAGUAGGAAAUAUGCAUUUUAAUUGAGACAGUUUGUGCGUGCCAACCUGGCAACACAGUGUGACGUAGCCACCUGCAUGAGCAACGGUGGAUGGAGCUCAAAAGAUAAUACAAUUUAGAUACAAGGAUUAUGUUGUCGAUGAAAUCUACAAAAAAGAGGACGGAACCUGCACGACUGGCAACUUGCGCGUCAAAGACGCGACGUCAAACUUUAUCCGUCACUGCAAAACUCACGACAGGUGAGCUAAUUUAACCGUUUAGCUAGUUUCAUAAACUGGUUUGAGACAAUUAAAAAUAAAAAUGAUGUGACUGACCACAGAAAACAGAUUUGGCUUAUGCUUAAUUGUGGUCUCUUAAGAACUGUAGGCGUUACGAGGCUGUCAUCACAAUGUGCACAGAAAUAGUUUGUCCAGAAAUGAAGUUCCGUCCGACGAAGUUUGAAAUACGACUUUAAAACAAUUCAGUGCACUAUAUUAAAUCAAUCGUAAUCUCAGUUGUUGUUCAUAUAACUUUUAUAGGGUGUGAAUACUGUUAGUGUUAUGAUUUAUGGGGCAAUUUGUUUUGAAGAAACAUUUUAUUAGCACUCCAAUAUAUAUUGCGAGUGGAGCAAGAUUCUAUGACUCAACUUCCUUGAUUCCCCCCCCCCCCCCCCCCCCAACAGCGACUUGGGACUUGCUUGAGUCUUUAAGGUUAUGACUUGAGACUUGCACACAUGACUUCCUCCCACCUUUUGUUAAUUAGUUUCAACGACACAUUUUUGCGUCGCCAUACAACCAUGAAUCAUUCACCGUAAUCUGUACGUAAGAUAGCAAGCGGGUCACAGUGACAAAUGACACAAGCCAAGGUUUAGUCAUCUUUUGAACUUUUGUCUGUGUCAAGGUUUUAUGGCUUAAGGUUGAGGAGGUUUGCAGA